GAAGGGUCUGGUGGGGGGGCCUGUUCAGUUGGGUUUUUUUUUUUUUCCUUCUCCAAUGUUACUGCAGGGAACAGGUACACAUCCUGUGUGCUUCCCAUGGCCAAGCUAAACGUGGUGAGGACUCCAAGUCCCGGGCCUGGGGGCCACUGGUCAUCCCUGCCCCAGGCCUGGUCCUGUUUCCCUCCUCCCGUGGCCUGCGGGGGAGCUCACGCUGCCUGUUGAGUGAAAGCUCCCUCUCCCGCCCCCCGCGAGCCCAUCGGAGCCGCCGACGUCCGCAUCAUCUCUGAACCCGAUUUGGUCAGGACAGGAAACUCAAGCUCCCUUCCUGCCCAUGUUUUCCUGAGAGAAAAACACUCUUCCCUCCUUUUUUGCAUAUUUGGCAAGUCGGUCCACCUUCCUCUCCGCCCCAGUGGAGUGCGGGCCAGGCGCUGGUGACGGAGGGUCCCUUCCAGGUGGCGGAGUCGAGGGGACUCUGGGCAGCCCGGGGUCCGCAGACCCCAGCCCUCAAAGAUAACCUGAGGACGAUGGACGCGGAUGAGGGUCAAGACAUGUCCCAAGUUUCAGGGAAGGAGAGCCCUGCUGUCAGUGACACUGCAGACGACGGUGAGGAACCCAUGCCGGUCCCCGAGGACCUGUCCACCACGUCCGGAGGGCAGCAUAACUCCAAGAGUGAGAGAGGCAUGGCUGCCUAUGCGGCUGACGGCUUUGGGGAUUUUCGUGCAAUAAUUCCCAAUUCUUUGUGUCCCGGUAAUGUUAAAGUAGAGACUCAGAGUGAUGAAGAGAAUGGGCGUGCCUGUGAAAUGAAUGGUGAAGAGUGUGCAGAGGACUUACGAAUGCUUGAUGCCUCGGGAGAGAAAAUGAAUGGCUCCCACAGUGCCCAAGGCCACAAAGCUUUGUCAGGAGCCGGAGGCAUUCGACUUCCGAACGGCAAACUAAAGUGUGAUGUCUGUGGGAUAAUUUGCAUCGGCCCCAAUGUUCUCAUGGUCCACAAGAGAAGCCACACGGGAGAGCGGCCUUUCCAGUGCAACCAGUGCGGGGCCUCCUUCACCCAGAAAGGCAACCUUCUCCGGCACAUCAAACUCCACUCGGGGGAGAAGCCCUUCAAGUGCCACCUGUGCAACUACGCGUGUCGCCGGCGGGACGCCCUCACCGGCCACCUGAGGACGCACUCCGUCGGCAAGCCCCACAAGUGUGGAUACUGUGGCCGAAGCUACAAGCAGCGGAGCUCUUUGGAGGAGCACAAGGAGCGUUGCCACAACUACCUGCAGAGCAUGGGCCUCCCGGGCACGCUGUACCCAGUCAUUAAAGAAGAAACCAACCACAGUGAGAUGGCAGAAGACCUGUGCAAGAUCGGACCAGAGCGCUCCCUAGUGCUGGACAGGCUAGCAAGUAACGUCGCCAAACGUAAGAGUUCUAUGCCUCAGAAAUUUGUUGGGGACAAGUGCCUGUCGGAGCUGCCGUACGACGGCGGCGCCGGCUUCGAGAAGGAGAGCGAGGCGAUGCAGACGCACGUGAUGGACCAGGCCAUCAACAACGCCAUCAGCUACCUGGGCGCCGAGUCGCUGCGGCCGCUCGUGCAGACGCCGCCGGGCGCGGGCGCCGAGGCCGUGGCGGCGCUCGGGCCGCUGUUCCCGCUGCACAAGCCGCUGGCCGAGGGCGGCCCCGCGCGCGCCGGCCCCGCGGCGCCGGACAGCGCGGCCGAGCACCUGCUGCUGCUCUCCAAGGCCAAGGCCCCGUCGUCGUCCGAGCGCGAGGCGUCGCCCAGCCACAGCUGCCCAGACUCGACGGACACCGAGAGCAACGCGGAGGAGCAGCGCGGCGGCCUCAUCUACCUGACCAACCACAUCGGCGCGCACGCGCGCAACGGCCUGUCCGUCAAGGAGGAGCAGGCGGCCUUCGAGGCCCUGCGCGCCGCGUCCGACGGCGCGCACGACGCGCUCCGCGUGCUGGGCACGGCCGGCGAGCCGCUCAAGGUGUACCGCUGCGAGCCGUGCCGCGUGCUCUUCCUGGACCACGUCAUGUACACCAUCCACAUGGGCUGCCACGGCUUCCGGGACCCCUUUGAGUGCAACAUGUGCGGCCACCACAGCCAGGACAGGUACGAGUUCUCGUCGCACAUCACCCGCGGCGAGCACCGCUUCCACAUGAGCUAAAGCAUCACCCGCCGGCCCGCGCCCGCCGCUGCGUGGACCGCGGCGGCCCCGCCGGGGGGCGCCCGGGGCCCCGCCAGCAUCCCCGCCCCCCCCCCCACCACCACCACCCGGCUGCUGCCGGCUCCGGACCACACCGUUCUGCUUUGACUCCUCUCUGCGCCCCUUUCCUUCGUUCUCUUGCUUUGGGAGACGCGGAGGUUUUCGUGCUGGAUGCUGGGUUACACUCGGACCCCACCCCACCCCCACCCCCACCCCCACCCCCACCCCACUCCUCGCCAAACUGACCUCUUCCUGGAUGUGUCUGGACACUGCUGGCUGGCAUCCCCUCCCCUGUGGCGCCCUGGAUCCCUGCCCUCCAAACCACUUGUCAUUUCCGGAGAGAAUUCUCUAAAAGCCGGCCAGAGCCUGGGGAGGAAUGAACCGGUUCCCGGCCUCCGCAGGGGGAUUCACACACCAGGUGUGGUUUCCAGGGUCCCAGCAUCUGAGCGUCGUAGCCCCUCAGGUGUGGCCGUGCCGGUGGAUCGGCCCGGGAGGCACCCCACACAGCAGAGCCUGGAAACGUGUGCGCGCGCGCAUGUGUGUGUGUGUAGCUGGGGCCAAAGGCCACAGUUUCUAAACGCAGGUGUUAUUCUAAGUCCAGUUCUGCACAGGAAAAUUCGCUGUUGGGGAAAAGUGGCUACUGGGGCCAAGGGAGGCUGCGAUUGAGAGCCUUUCAGACUCAUUCGCAGUUUCCAAAGUCCUGAGCUGUCACCCUGUCCCCGUGGUCAAGCAGAGUGAACUCAGUCUUCCUGUGGGCCCAUCCGGACACCACUGUGGUCUGUUUGAACAUCGUCAGACCUUCGAUGGCCCCAAGCGCUGUCACUGCAUUUCUGCCACCAGCCCUGAAAUUUGGCCCUGAAUUCCUUCUGAAACUCUCAAAUGAUGGGAUUCCUCAGAAACCAACCUUUAGUCUAAAUUCCACACUCAUUUCCUUGGUUAUCCAUUCCUUCCCGGAACAGGAUCUACCUGUGACCUCUCUCCCCCGCCGAAGGCCCCUUCCAGACCUCAUUUCAUGUCUGGCUUCCAGCCGUGGGCCUGGAUCUCUUCCCAUCAGUGGAUUUCUCUCUCUGGCCACUGUGAAUAAUCUUCUCACAUUAAAACCCAGAGAAGAGUGAUUCAGGGUGACUAUUCAUUUUCAGGUCAAGGAAAGUCCAGCAGACGUCACUGACAUAUAGCAGCUCCCUGUUUGAACCUAAACUUUCAAACAGUCCAAAAUUCUCUGCAGUAAGGAUGUAAGCUCUGAAAUCGUUCUUGCUGGGGGAUUGGAGUGUUCAGGACACUCUCGUGACCAGCCCUUGAGAUAUGACAGGACAGAGGCAGGUGAGGACCCUAAUUGCUCUCUGAAACCCCACAAAGGUGUCUGUGGUUCGGAUCGCCACCAGGAAGGUAAUAGAAUUGGAUGAUUCUGUCAUUAAGUACAUUGAGUACAUUCCUCUCUGGCUCGUAGGCAGGAAAAUUGUCCAAUUUCUGAUGUUUACAGUAUUCGUUUGCAACCAGAAAUGUCCCCUGGGGGCCAAAAGCUUUCCCCUGGAGAGAACCGCUGGUCUAGACAAGUUCUUUGGAAACAUACCUGCUCGGGUGCAUUUGAGUUUUGUUGAAGGGACGGCUUCCCCGGAGAUGACCCAUCCUUGAGUCUUGGGUCCCCUUGCUUCCAGAACGCUAUGGCAAUUUUGAAACUGGAAAGAGACAACAUCGUGAUAACUGAGGCACUGACGCACGAAUGUCCUGGGUAAAGGAGCAGGUUGAGAGCUGACCUGCUGACUGUUACAGUCAGAGGAACAGGUUCAAGGUGAGAGACUUCGUAGGUUCCCAUUCGCUGGCCAGUACCGCCUGCCCUGGUGUUUCCCGUCCAUCAGUUCAUUGAAAGGAGGUGUUUUUCCCCCCCGUGGCUUCAGACAAAAGCUUAAUGCACAGUUGUAAAUAGUGGCCACAGCAAUUCUCUUCUCCAGUGCUUCCCCCUUCCUCCCUCUGCUUUUUAUAGCCAAGAUGACCAUUUAUUUACCCAUCUUUUGUUGUGGUUUUACACCGUAACGCCAUUUCUCUUUGAAAGUAUUGUAUUUAAAAGUAAGGUUGCAUAUCAUGUCGACAAAGAAUUAAAUUAUGUUUGCGAGCUGACCAGAUUCUGUACCGAAAGCUUGGCAAGGAUUGCUUCUAGCUGGUAAAAAGUAGGAUUUUGCAUGACCUGACACCCUUUUGUUCUGUGGUUUGUUCUGCUGUUUGACAGUGAGAGUGUGUGUCGAGGGGACCGCUGGGUGCCGAAGCGCGCCCAGGCUUCGUGCACUCUCGUGGGGUUUAAAAUGAGCAUCCGCAGAAAGAGGGGCGCUGGUGGCACACGGAUCCGUGGAUCACAAGAAGAAAUCCCUGUUUGCCGUUCCCGCCCCUCCCCGGUCUCCCAGCGUCCAUCCGUGCAGAGCUCCCUACCCAGGUCCUUCUGCGUCCCGUGCCUGAGAGCGAGGGCUUGUCUUAGUCGAAGACUCACUGAAAAAAAUUGCGUGAUCAUUGCUUUGUCACCAAAGGGCAUCGCUUCGGGUACCAGCAUGUGACACUUCCAAUUUAGCAUCAACCAUGGAAUGAGAUCUCAGAGCCUCAUGGAGAAACACCUUUAAGGAGAUGGGAAGACGGGAGUUCUUUUGUGUCUUUUGUCUUCUAUCUUUGUGCUUUUUUCCUUGUUUUGCUUUGAUUACCUUGUGACUCUCACAGCGUCAUCUUCUUGCCGAAACAAAAGCGAGACGGCGUGGACUUGUGUAGACGAGGCAUGAAGGAACAUGAAGGAACUUCUUGAGUUCCAGCAGAAAUGGAAGGUCAGCUCUAUGCCAAACCCAGACAUCUCUCCUUCAGUUCAAGUGUGUGUGUGUUUAACUUUGAAAUGAACCAAGAUUAGACUUAUUUAAGAUACACAGACAUCAGAGGGAAAAAAAAAAAAAGCACAAUGCUGUUGGUACGUAACAUUCACUGUGAACACGUGUAACCAGAUUUCAAUAUGCAAUAACGUGGCCAGCUCUUUCUAAUACACUUUUUUACGAAGUUGUGUGUGGUGAUUGUUAAGGUCGGCUUUGUUUGUAUCCAGAGCAGCUUUCAGUGUUCAGCUGGCAAAUUCAUGUACAGGACUGUAAAUGAAAAAAACUGCCUCUAUGAUCAUGUUAAAUUAUUUCUGUUUAGCUGUGAACGACGGCUGUGCGCCCCACCCACUCUGGAGGAAUAGAGUAGAGUUUUGUACACAUUUUGAAAUGCUUCUUCUGUAGUGAUAGAGCGAAUAAAGACAACGAAUACUC